CAAAGUGUUAGUUGGAAGCUUAGCUAGAUAUCAUGUGUUAGGAACGUGUGUUUCUGUUGGAAUCCCUGCCUCACCUCAUCUGGACAUGAAGCAGAUAUUUGCACUACUGUCAGUACUGUGGACCAUCGUCUCCUGCUCUUCCUGUGGGAAUUUCAGCUGUACAUCUGGACAAUGUGUUCCUGGUUGUGAUCUUGGGAUGAACUCCAAAUAUGACUUGGAUAAGAGGUUUUCUGGCUCAUGCAACUUUGAGAAUAACUCUUGUGGUUGGAAAAACGCCAGUGAGUCAUCCUAUAGCUGGAGACGACAGAUGGCCAACAUUACUUCUAUACCAGGACAGGACCACACCAUAGGGAGCCCCUGGGGAUAUAUAAUGCAUGUAGAUGGGAAGGAAGAUGGUUUCUUCAGAGAAGCCAAUUUGGAGUAUCCUGUGAACCAACUGGCUGCUAUAGGAUGCCAAAUCAGAUUUUGGUACCACAUCUUUGAAAACAGUUCAUCAUUAGUAUCAUCUUACCUUAAAGUAAUAAUGAUCAGAGGCACAGUGGAGACUGAGUUGCUAAAGAUUUCCAAAAGUAAGACAAAUGGUUGGGAGAAUGCAACUGCCUUCAUUGGUAAUCAACCACCUGGCUACAAGCUGCUAUUGUCAUACAAUCCUUCAUUUCUGGAAUCCAAAGAUGUUAUGCUGGAUGAUAUCACCUUUGAGAACUGUGCAGAGGGAGACAUCCCAGAGGGAUCAGACCAACUGUCAUGUGAUUUUGAAAAGGAUACCUGCUCUUGGUUCCACGACUACACAGCUAGUCUUCUGUGGAAGAGAAGCAAUGGGGUGUAUACAGACAUCACUGGAAAUGGCUAUUUCAUGCUUAUUACAGCUAGCAACCACCUGAAUACGUCUUCAUCAGCCAGACUCAUCAGCUUCCCUCAAACUGCAGUUCAAACUAUCUGUGUCAGCUUCCAUUACUACAUAUUUGGGAACAGUAUUGGAUCCUUGAAGUUUAUUACUAAGCACUCUGGGGAACCAGAAACAGUAAUCUGGAUGCGAAGUGGCACUCAGGGAAACAAAUGGUGGUUUGCAGAUCUUACUUUCAACAGUGACAGACCAAUACAGUUCAUUAUAGAAGCUGUGGUAGGAGGAAAACAGGGCAGCAUUGCCAUCGAUGACAUUAAGGUGUUCCCUAGCCUGAAUGGCUUAUGCCCACCUGAGAGGGAGUGCACUUUCCAGGGUUCUCUUUGUGGGAUGCAGCCCCAACCCUCUGCAGACUUCAGCUGGAACCGGAUCACUGGCAUGUCCCAGCCGGCAAACUCUUCAGGUCCCACCAAAGAUCACACCCUGGGAACAGAGCAAGGUUAUUACCUGAGUGCAGGGUUAUGGAAUCAUCCUGCUGGGUCCAAAGGUGCUAUGACAGCUGCGAUGGAGCCCACACCUCUUAAUGGAGAGUGUCUAAUGUUCUUUUACUACAUGGAAGGAACAGGAAUUGGUGAGCUCAAUGUUUACCUUCAAACUACUGACAGCCAGGAAAAUGCCACCAAGCUGUGGACAAGACUUGGAGAUCAGGGAUCACACUGGCGACAUGGGAGGGUAACGCUUUACAGCCCACAAAGCAGUUAUCAGAUAAUUUUUGAAGCGAUAGUUGGAGAUGAAACAAUGAGGGAUAUCGCCAUUGAUGACCUUACCAUCAUGAAUGGCGCCUGUCCCCCAUCAGGCUUUUGUGAUUUUGAGAUGGACCUCUGCGGCUGGGUCAACAGUCCCCAACCAGAGUCUGGAGUGGAGUGGGACUGGCUCUCGGGCAAAAGUGAGGGUCUGUUUGUUCCCAGACAGGACCACUCAACAAAUUCUGCUUUGGGUCACUUUGCAUAUUUAUGGCCCUUUGAGUCGGAAAGAGAAGAAAUCGCCCAAUUGGAGAGUGAGUCUAUGGAAGCAGUAGAAAGUGGUUGCAUAGAGAUCUGGCACUAUACCCAGGGGUGGAUAAGUUAUAACCCAUCAGACAUUACACUAACAGUAUUCAUACGUGAAGCUGGUCAACUCCGUCCUCUGUUCAGUACUAAUGGUUUCAUGAAUCAUACAUGGAUUCAAGACAGAGUGGAUUACAAUUCAACCAGUCUUCACCAGAUUAUCUUACAAGCUCGAUGUCCACCUGGGAAGGAAGCCAGUUUAGCGCUAGAUGAUAUUAACAUCAUUCCUGGCAAAUCUUGCAAUGAACUCAUCCCCACAACAACUAUGCCUCCCACAACAACUACUAGGGCUCCACCCUCUAACAUGGACUGUGCCUUUGAAGAAGGUUUUUGUAACUGGGUCCAGGAGGACACGGAUGAUAUUGAUUGGACUCUUAGGAGAGGACUUGAACUGGAGGCUCUAUGGGAUGGACCUCCGUACGAUCACACUGUUAACAAUGAGCAAGGUUUCUUUUUACUGCUGAAUGGAUCUGGAUCAAAGGAUGGCGAGAGGGCUGUCGUCUCCGUCUCUGUCACUAAUCAAGGGUUGCAAAGUUGUGUUGAAUUUUGGUAUUAUAUGCUAGGACCAUCAGUAUCCACACUGAAUCUCCUGCUUCAAACAAAUUCUUCUGAAUUGUUGAUCUGGACUCGUCAAAGUACCCAAAGUCCAGAGUGGAUAAAAGCUCAAGUAGACGUAAGCUUGAUCAACACACUUAAGAUAGUGUUCAGUGGACAAAGGAAUGUCCGCAGUAAAGGAUUCAUUGCACUUGACGACAUUACAGUUAGAGAGGGAAGCUGCAGUAAUAAGGAUAAAUGUGGAUUUGAUUCAGAUUGGUGUGGAUUUCAAAACGAUGUCAGUUACAGAGGUCACUGGAAGCGCACAAUGGGAACAAAGCAUCAUGUGGAUCACACCUAUGGCUCUGAAAAGGGCUUCUACAUGUCUGCGAUGAAUCCAAAUACUACAGAGUUAGAGACAGCUUUGCUGCUCUCACCAGAGCUCAAUUCUGCAACAGAGAUGUGCCUACGCUUUUGGUACAUGUUGCCUGCAGAGGCAUCCAACCAUCUUUCCGUGCAUGUACUAAGAAGUGGGGACCUUGGCGAUGCUCUUUGGCACCGAUCUGGAUUCCCUUCUAAAAACUGGGAGGUGGCCGAAGUUACAGUGUCCUCUCCUGCACUUUUCAAUGUAGUAUUUCAGGCUGUCCACGAACCUGGCAUGAACGAUACAGUAAAAAUAGAUGAUUUCUCUAUGAGGGAUGGGGCUUGUGCUCCAGCUGCCAGCUGUGACUUUGAGUCUGGACAAUGCACUUGGGUCAAUGUGCAGAAAGAAGACGGACAUGAGUGGGUCAUGUCCCAGGGAGGAUCCCAUGGACCACCGCAGGACCAUACCACUCAAACCUCAGAUGGUUGGUUUUUGUUGAGCUCAGCACUGCACAGCAGCCAGCCGAGUGUUGCACAGAUUGUCUCUGAAUGGAUCCAACUGGAUAACACCCUGUUUUGUCUCACUUUCUGGUACCAUAUGGGCAGCAGUUAUUCUGGCACACUACAGUUGUUUGCACGUUCAGACCCAGCGGAGGAGACUCUGAUAUUUCACGUAAACAAUAGUGUCAACAGCUGGACCAGAUUCUCUCACCAAGUGGACAUGUCCAAACCUUUUCAGCUUUUAAUUGAGGCAGAAAGCAACAACAAUGGAUUUAUUGCCAUUGAUGACAUCAGUCUCAUGCAAGGCCUUUGUCUAGAAAAUUACACAAGAGGAUUUGUGGGCUGUACAUUUGAAAAUGGCACCUGUGGCUGGGAUGAUAUCAGUGUUGGUCAGGCUCAGUGGGUAAGAAGAAGGAAUGGAACAGAGAACAGUGGACCCUCUGUGGACAACACACUAGGCACUGAGCUGGGUUGGUACAUGGGGCUGGAGGCUGAUCGCGGGGAAGAAAUUAGCCCUGCCACUCUGCAAAGUCUUGAAAUGAAACAGGCCAGCUCCACCUGUACACUACACUUUUACUACAACAUUUAUGGAACUGACUCAGAGCUUAACGUGCUCAUAAAAGAUGGUUCUAGGAUCACCAAUUUGUGGUGGCUAGCUGGAAACAAGGGAAAUCUGUGGCAGCAUGGCAAGGUCAUGAUUGGCCGGAUCCCCCAGGAUUUUGCCCUCCUGUUUGAAGCUUCCAGAAACUUUAAUGAACCAGGAUAUGUUGCAAUUGAUGAUGUUGACUUCACUAAUUGCUCCCUUCCUGAGCCCCAGUUGUGGUGUUCUGAGAGUACAUUCACAUGCAACAACAGUGUAUGUGUUGACCUUAACCAUGUAUGUGACUUCAGUGAUGACUGUGGAGACUGGUCUGACGAGAUUCACUGUGAAAAUCAAGGUGUGAUGGAGCGUUGUAACUUUGAACAUGGCCUUUGUUCCUGGGCUACCAGUGAUGUAGACACACCAGGAGGUGAAUGGACACGCCACAAAGGUGAAGACGUUUGGCCCAACCAUGGCCCCCCAAGAGAUCACACCCUAAACUUUGCCACUGGUCACUAUGUUGUACCAGGAAGUCAUAUCACUGAGAAGGGUCAAUUAUCUGAAAUUAUUUCAAAGACACUGUUACCAAGCUUUAACUGCACUGUGAGAUUCUUCUACUUCAGCUUGAAUGAUGGUUCUGCUCAACUAACGGCCCAGUCCAGAACACUGAUGUCUGGUAUUAAUGACAAAAUGCUGUGGAUCAGGGAAAGUUUUAACAGUUACAGCUGGAAAAGGGAAGAGAUCACUUUCUCCUCCUCAGUCAUUAGCAAGGUUGCUUUCAGGUAUGAACUCGGGGCAAGUCAAAGAGGGCUUGUUGCACUUGAUGACAUUUCUUUUUCCAAGGAAUGCAUUUUUGACCCUGAAAACAGCAAACUACCUGAAACAUUGCCCACCUCUUCCCCGCAUACAUCCCUCAAUACAGCAACGACCACUGCUGUGAAGCCAUGUCAGGAUAAUGAGUUUUUUUGCAGGCUGUCUGCUGGAAAAGUUUGUAUUCCAGCCACACAGCAGUGUGAUUAUCAUCUAAACUGCCCUGAAGGAGAAGAUGAGGAUGGCUGUGGCCCAUGCACAUUUGAGACUGAUCAGUGUCUGUGGAGUGAUAUCAGUGACGGACCAGCUAAAUGGCAGAGACAAAAGGGUGCUAGCACUGAGUCCCCUGAAUCUCACACUACCCAAACUGGCUCUUACAUGACAGUAAAUCUCAGUUUAGGCUCCACUCAAACAGAAGCAAAACUCCUCAGCCCCCAACUCCCACCUUCAUCCCCCUACUGUCAACUUCUGUUUCACUUCACCAUCAGCAUGGGGAGCACUGGGUCACUUAGAGUGCUUAUGCAGCAAGCUGAGGGUGGUGAAGCAAUCCUGUGGUCACGCAGUCACAACACUGUCUCCCACUGGACCUCAGCACAUAUGCCUAUAGGGCUGUUUCAGCAGCCAUACAAGAUUAGGUUCAGUAGCAUAACUAAAGAAUCAGGGCACAUUAGUUCUACUCAAGACCAUGUUGUUGGAGUGGAUGACAUCUCUUUUAUGAACUGUGAGGCAGCGUAUAAGCCACCAGCCCUGUCUUCCUAUAGUUGUACUUUUGAGGAUGGCUUUUGUGUUUGGGUCCAGGGAGCUGAAGAUGAGUUAGACUGGUUCAGUUGGUCAGGUCCCACUGAAACCCCCAACACUGGCCCUGCAGGAGACCACACCACUGGAACAGGGAAGUACCUUUAUAUCGAGAGCUCCCAUCCAAGUGGAAAAGGAAACACAGCCCAGCUAAUGUCUCUACUGCUGCCACCAGCUGGUCAACAAGGAUACUGUUUCACAUUUUGGUACUACAUGUUCGGCGCUACAGUCGGUUCAUUGAGGCUGUUUCUGAAAACAGUUGAUUCAUUGGACAAAACACUGGUGUGGCAACAAUCAGGAAACAAAGGGGAUGAGUGGUUGCUGGCUCAUAGCCAUGUGACCCUGCAAAGAGUACACCAAGUGAUUCUUGAGGCGACUGUGGGGGGAGAGGCUGGGGACAUAGCCAUCGAUGACAUCUCAUUUAUCCAUGGGCCAUGUCCUGACUCUGAUGUGUGUGAUUUUGAAGAGGGCAGCUGUAACUGGAAGCAGGCAACAUCAGAUGACUUUGACUGGAUCAGGCACUCGGGUAGCACAGCUAACCCAAACACAGGACCAGACAGCGAUCACACCACCAACACGCCAUCGGGUCAUUACUACUUCCUGCCAUCUUCCAUAGAUGAACAAGCCGGCCAAAAAGCUAUAAUGUAUUCACCUCUAUACCCUGAAAGUAAAGGAUUUUGUGUGCAGUUCUGGUACCACAUGUACGGGAAGGGAAUGGGCACACUGAAUGUUUACCAACAAAGUGAAGAUGGUGAAGAGGUUUUAAUUUUCUCCCAGUCAGGAGACCAGGGCAUGUUCUGGAGGUUUGCUCAGGGUUCGCUCCUGCCCUGGGUUAAGCCAUACAGAAUUGUGGUGGAAGGUGUGAAAGCCGGCCCGACCAUCGAGGGAGAUAUGGCCUUUGACGACAUAAAACUCACAAAUGCAGAAUGCAUGAAUCAUAGUUUCUGUGACUUUGAGAGCUCCUUCUGCCACUGGAGCAAUGUGGGUGGGGGAGUUGACCAGGGAGAUUGGCUCCUUGGAACGGGAGACUCCCCAAACCCCAAUACUGGACCAACUGUUGACCACACUACCAACUCUUCAUACGGUCACUACAUAUAUGUUGACAGCUCAGUGGGUGAGUGGGGAGACAUGUCGUACCUUGUCAGUGGUGUGGUCCUGCCAUCCUCAAAAGAUCACUGCAUUAAAUUUUGGUACCACAUGUAUGGCAGCCAUGUUGGGACCCUUAGCAUCUACAUCAGUGACAGGAAAAGUCUUGCUGAAGGUAACGGGUUAGAAUAUCUGAAGUGGACUAAAACGGGAAACAAGGGAGACCAGUGGCUGGAGGACAGUGUUACUGUUCAACAUGAACAUGAUUUCUGGCUAGUGUUUGUGUACCAGAGAGGAAUGAGUACAGGUGGAGAUGUUGCUCUUGACGAUAUCACCAUCCUUCCCUCAAGCUGUGUGCAUCCCAUCUCUCCUCCCUCAGAUGAUACAAAUAUGCUGUCUGUUGGCCUUGCAGUUGGUCUGACUUUGCUGAUUGGAAUCAUCAUCUCCAUUUUCCUUUUUAUACUAAAACGAAAACAGAAUUCAGUGAACCAGUCAUCAAUAAUCAAUAAUGAAGUAACUAAUGAAAACUCUGUGUUCGACCAGUGUGACAACACACAACAUGAUACAGAGCAGGAAGCUGCACUUGACUUCUCCUUCUUCAACAAACUUUAUGAUCCAUCAACACACACUCCUGAAGCUUCCUCUGAGGCUUAGCCUGUGUUUUAUUUAGUAAAAUAUAUAAAAACAUCACGUUUGUAUUAA